UUCAUUAAAGAGGUCAAAAAUGGCUAAUAUUAAGUUACAGUUAUAUAGUAACUGUUAUUUUUUAAUAUUUCAGACAUUUUUUUUCGUCGGUGGGUGGAUAUUUUUCGUAAAGCAGUUAUUCCGUGAUUAUGAAGUCCACCACACAUUGGUUCAGCUCAUAUUUUCUGUAACUUUCGCACUGAGUUGUACAAUGUUUGAACUUAUCAUUUUUGAAAUCAUAGGGUACUUAGAUUCAAGUUCAAGAUACUUCCACUGGAACAUGGGGCUCUAUUUUCUACUCUUCAUGGUGAUAGCACUGAUACCAUUCUAUAUAGCCUAUUUCUGCAUCAGUAAUAUCAGAUUUGUAUCAAAGAAUAUGAUAAGGCCUCUAACAGUAUUUGUAUGGUUUAUUUAUCUUUACUUCUUCUGGAAAAUUGGAGAUCCAUUUCCUAUUUUGAGCCCAAAACAAGGUAUAUUCUCGAUAGAACAAGGUGUAUCACGUAUUGGAGUGAUUGGAGUCACAGUGAUGGCAUUACUAUCUGGGUUUGGUGCUGUCAAUUAUCCAUAUACCUCAAUGGCUAUAUUUAUAAGACCUGUCACACAAGCAGAUGUAUUGUCCAUAGAAAAGAAACUCCUACAGACAAUGGAUAUGAUAUUGGUUAAGAAAAAAAGAAUUGCAUUAGCGGAAAAUAACAGUAUGGGCAGGAAUCAGUAUAUGUUGGAUCAAUCGAAUUCCAAAAAUAAAGGAUUUUGGACCAAUAUAUUGUCUAGUGUUGGAAGUAUUGCUAACCCACUAAGCCAGGGUAGUGAAAACAUAAAUCAAUUACGUCAAGAGAUAUCAGGUUUAGAAGAAUUGAGUAGACAGCUAUUCCUAGAAGCACAUGAUGCUAGAACUAUGAGAGAAAAAAUUGAAUGGUCUAGAACAUUCCAGGGGAAAUAUUUCAAUUUCCUCGGAUAUUUCUUCUCCUUGUACUGUAUUUGGAAGAUUUUUAUCUCAACAAUCAACAUAGUAUUCGACCGUGUUGGUAAAAAGGACCCAGUAACGCGGGGUCUCGAGCUCGCUGUACUGAGGCUCGGAGUCGACAUCGACGUGGGCUUCUGGUCGCAACACGUGUCCUUCCUGUUGGUGGGCUGCAUCGUGCUAACCAGCAUACGCGGCCUGCUGCUGACUCUCACCAAGUUCUUCUACAAAAUUUCGUCAUCAAAAUCAUCCAACGUCAUAGUUCUGAUCCUCGCACAAAUCAUGGGAAUGUAUUUCUGUUCGUCCGUGCUACUGAUGAGAAUGAACAUGCCACCGGAGUACAGAAUUAUAAUAACUCAAGUAUUAGGAGAUUUGCAGUUCAACUUCUACCACAGAUGGUUUGACGUGAUAUUCCUCGUCAGUGCCUUAACUAGUAUAUUUACUCUGUAUUUGGCUCAUAAGCAACCAUCUGUUAAUUAAAAAUAUUUAUUGAAAGUUAUUGUUCUUUGAUGUUUUGAUAAGGAACUAUUUGGUUAUUUUUAUGGCUUACUUAUUGUGUCUGAAAUAAACUUGAAAUUAAGUGAUUUAGAAUCACAAUAGAAUCACCGCAUUUACAUUUUUAUUUAUGUUAUAGUUUACUGUGUUAUGAUUGUUAUUUUUUUAAAAUUAAAUUAGUCUGUAAUCUUUUCAAAUAUUUUCUAAUAAUGUUGAUGAGUAGUCACCCAGUAAAGUGAUUACGUUCUAUUUUUUUAAGUGUUCAAAAACUAUAUUGUUUUUUUUUUAAAUUUUAGUGUUAACAUCCAACAGUUAACCUAGAGUUGAUUGCAAUUUUUGCGUUAAUACUUAAUAUAUUUAGAGAGAAUGUCUUUCUUUUUCGGGAUAUCUAUUUUGUGAGUGAAUUAUGUGGCAAGUAUAUAGGCAUAAAAGCGACAUAGUUCACAUUUCAUCAUCUGACAUCGUAUGUGUUACGUUUUUAUAUUGAAACAAAAUACCAUUUUUGUGAAUUCGUAAUCAUAAUUAUGUAUAAAAACAGUCAAAUUAGACAAUGUCUAAGCAUAAACAUAGCAAUUAAGACUGAAAGUCUAGUAUACUUAUGUAACAUUAAGACAACAAAGAUGUAUAUAUUUAGUAGAAUGGUAAUAAAUAGCAUUUUAUAAA